GCUUGUUAAUUACUACCUAGCAUUACGAUUUCCCUAACUGUCACACACUUUAGCUGUACAGAAAUUGAUAUGGCAGGCAUGAAGAGGUCAAACAGCUUUAAGGGUUAUUCUCUGCUUAUAAUUUGCUUUAUGCAUUGUGUAGCUGUGAGGUCCCAACUUACCACUGAUUUCUAUUCUAAAACAUGUCCAAGUCUUCUUUCAAUAGUCCGGAGACAAGUUCAGAGUGCUGUCAAGACUGAGAUGCGAAUGGCAGCUUCUCUCCUUCGCCUUCAUUUCCAUGAUUGCUUUGUGAAUGGUUGUGAUGCAUCAGUUUUGUUGGAUGGAGACAAUACUACUGAGAAGUUUGCUCUCGCUAAUCUCAACUCUGCAAGAGGAUUUGAAGUUGUGGAUGCAAUAAAAAGCGCUGUGGAGAACGCAUGUAGUGGAGUUGUAUCAUGUGCGGAUAUAUUAGCCAUUGCUGCUCGAGAUUCUGUUGUCUUAAGUGGAGGACCAACCUGGAGAGUUUUAUUAGGAAGAAGAGAUGGAUUGAUUUCAAAUGCAACACUUGCAAAUGAUGCACUUCCUUCUCCAUUUGAGGCACUAGAUGCGAUUAUUCAAAAGUAUGUUAAUGUUGGCCUAAACAUCACUGAUGUAGUAUCUUUGUCAGGCGGCCAUACAAUUGGAUUAGCCAAGUGUGCUACCUUCAGCAACAGAUUAUUCAACUUCUCAGGAACUGGUGCUCCAGAUACUACACUGGAGGCAAGCAUGUUGUCUGAUCUGCAAAGCUUUUGUCCAGUUAAUGGUGAUGGGAACAAGACCACCGUUCUUGAUAGGAACUCAACUGAUCUAUUUGACAACCAUUAUUUCCAGAACUUGCUAAAUGGGAAGGGUUUAUUAGGUUCUGAUCAAAUUCUAUAUUCUAGCGACUUGGCCAUUUCCACAACUAAAAGCCUUGUUGAAAGCUACAGCAGUAAUUCACAGCUUUUCUUCAACGACUUCGCCAAUUCCAUGAUCAAGAUGGGGAAUAUAAGUCCACUUACAGGAUCUAAUGGACAGAUUAGGACGAAUUGCAGGGCCGUAAAUUCAUAGGUAGCAUUUAACUGAAUCGGGGAUUUGCUGUGUAAGUGAUGGAGAGGUG